AUGCAGCACCCCAAACCCUUCUACAUGCCCUCUGCUCCUCAAGAAGGCUUUAGUCCCCGGGUCCUGGGUGCUGAGGGGCCAGGCAGUCAGCCCAUGGCCUGCGCCGAUGUGCUGCCCACAGUGGGUUCUUCCACCCUGUAUCACCCCCCAAACCCGGAGAAAGAGGUGUUUCCGGCCCCGCCGGCAGGUUUCCAGAUGGCCCCCUGCGGCUGUUUCUUUGACCCUCGCAUCUAUCGCAUCGAGUGGGCAGCCUCUGACUUUGGCCAGACCUCCCUCUACAAGCUAGUGGCAACAGGCACCGGGGGACAGCCGGGGGUCCCAGCCUUGGGUCCUGCCUCCCCGGGCACCUACCUUCUGGAGCCUCAGUCCUACCUCAAGGCCCAGACCCCCCAGCCACCACCCUUGUACUCCCACUACCAGCCAGUGUCCGGGGCCCGCCAGUAUGUCGUCCCUUACUUCCCCCGUGAGGGCUCUGCCCCCGAGGCUCUCAGCUUCAUGGGAGACGGGGGGCCCCCAGCCUUCGUGGAACCAGUCCCCCCACCACCUGCCAAGGACAAGCGGCCGCCGCUGCUCAUCACAGUGCCCAGUGAGCCGCCGCUGCCGCCCGGCCCCUACAGCCACCUCAAGGGCCGCCUGAGCCAGUUCUAUGGGGCCGACGAGGUUCCCCAGGACACCCUGGGAUUCCCCACCAAGGAGCCACCAGCCGGACCCAGCCCACAGCCUGAGGUCCCGGCAGCUGCCCCGUCGCUGGCUGUGGGCGAGGCACCUGAGGCCGAGGCGACCCAGGCCCUGGUGCUGCCAGACAAGGUGCUUCUAGAGGACGCCAUGAAGCUGUUUGACUGCCUUCCGGGUGGCCCUGAGCCUGGGCCCGAGGGUGGCGUGCACCGGGCCCUGGCCAUCCCACAGCCCGACAGCGGUGGCGGCGGGGACGACUCGUCCAGCGACAUCCGCUCGCUGCACCUGCCCGACGAACUGCUGUCCUUCGACUACAGCGUGCCCGAGAUCCUGGACACCGUGUACAACGUCGACUACUUCUUCAACUUCAAGGCGCUCGACGAGGAGCCGUCCCCGCCCCCGCCCCCUCACCCAGGACACCUGGCUGUCGAGCCCCCGGUGGUGCCCGGCCUGCAACCCAACCCACCUGGCGCUGGCAGGAAGAAGGCUGGUACCUCGGGCGCCAGGAAGGGCAAGGCGGGGGUCAAGGGCAGGCCGGCCGCGGGCACCCCCCCAUUAAAGCACAUUUGA